AUGGCUCCUAACUUCUCUCCUGCUACCAGAGCUAGUGAGCUUGUCCCUUAUUAUGCCAGUACCAUCGCCGGCAAGACCAUACUUAUCACUGGCAUUUCCUCCGGAAGCUUGGGCGAAAGCUUCGUCAAGCAGGUUGCUGUCGCAAACCCUGCAACCUUCAUCCUCGCUGGUCGCUCUCCAACCAAGUUCCAGUCAAUCGUUGACCAUCUUGCGAAAACCCACCCCAGUAUCACGGUAAAAUCGUUGGAUUUGGACUUAUCCUCUUUCGCCAAUGUACGCGAAGCUGCCGAGAAAGUCAACUCUUGGUCCGAUGUGCCUCAUAUAGACGUUCUGGUGAACAACGCAGGAGUUAUGGCAGUCCCUUACAGCCUGACCAAGGAUGGCUUCGAAAACCACUUUCAGACGAAUCACCUUGGUCAUUUUCUUUUUACAAACCUCAUCAUGGAGAAGAUCCUUGCCUCGAACGCACCCCGCAUCAUAAACGUUAGCAGCAUGGGACACCGGCAAGGCAGCAUCCGAUGGGCAGACUACAACUUCAGCGGCGGCAAGUUGUACGACAGAAUGGCUGCGUAUGGACAAUCAAAGACAGCAAAUGCAUUGACCGCCCUUGCACUUGCUGAAAAGCUUGGGAACAGGGGUCUUCUCUCGUUCAGUGUCUGCCCAGGUUCCGUCGGGACCAAUCUCGCCUCUCAUGAGGCAGACAACAUAGCUGGCCUCUUAGCCGAGUACCAGACUGCGGAUGCUAGAGUUGGCACGAAGUGGAUGUUUAGUCAAGACAUUUUGUUCAAAGACGUAGACCAAGGAGCCGCAACUCACGUCUUUGCAGCGUUUGACCCAGAAAUCACGAAAAACAAUGGUGCGUUCUUGAACCAUUGUCGCCUCGCGGAUCCUUACGCAGAGGAGGUGUUUCCAUGGGCGACCGACAAGGUUUGGGCAGAUAUGCUUUGGACUCUCAGCGAGAAACUCGUGGGUCAAGAGUUCAAACACUUUACCGCCGACAGACGAUAA